AUGUCGCACUACGCUCUUCGCCGAGCACAAACCGACAAUCAAUUCGUCUUUCCUCAACGGCAGACAUCAGCAGCUUCCACUGCUUCGUCCGCCUACUCUGGGGCAUCGAGUGCUUUUCUCCCCAGUCGUACAAGCACCGUCACUUCCACCAACUCCAGUGUCUACUCUAGGGCCUCUCCGGGUCACAAGCGAGCGAACACGGUCAUAGAAGAGAUGACGCCCACCAGGACAUAUGGAGGAAACAGCAGCGUGGAAAACAGCCCUGACCAUGUUUAUCGCAAUAUCCGCCAAAGUCUGCGCCCACUUCCUCAAGCUCCAUCGCCAACGUCGACAACCAAUGCCCGCCGACCGAGCCCCUACCAUGUGCGAGCUCACACCAUCGACCGUUUUCCUCAGACUUCCUCCGAAGAUCCGUUCGUGGACAAGCAUCUACAUGAGCAUCAUCAAGAGAUGCAUCAACCCAGGACGCACACUCACCAAAGUGUAUCAAGUCCGCAUGCGAACACCUUCAAAGCCCCUGACCUCCAAGAGCUACAGAAAUCUUCUACGACCUAUCUGAAAACCUUGUCAAAAUUUGCCCAGGGCGGUGAUACCGAAGAAUUUCGAAUCGCAGCCCCUCGUCAGUCUGUCACCGGGCUACAUAAUCGAAGGCAGUUGAAACGCACUGACUCGGUUGCACCGGGCGCUCAGUCGAUGACAAAGAAUUACGGCUGGGGUGAGAGAAACUGGAUGGACAAACAACGGCAAUUUUUGCAGGCGUACGAAUACCUCUGUCAUAUUGGUGAAGCGAAAGAAUGGAUCGAGGACAUCAUCAACAAGCCGAUUCCACCGAUUGUGCAACUCGAAGAGGCUUUGCGCGAUGGAGUCACAUUGGCAGAAAUAGUUCAGGCAUUUCAUCCAGACCAGAUCCUCAGGAUCUUUCGCCAUCCGAAAUUGCAGUUCAAGCACUCGGACAAUAUUGUUCUGUUUUUCCGGUUUCUCGAGGAUGUCGGUCUCCCGGACCUAUUUCGCUUCGAGCUGAUCGAUCUAUACGAAAAGAAAAACAUACCGAAGGUAAUCUACUGCAUUCAUGCUCUGUCCUGGUUGCUCUACCGCAAAGGCAUGGUUGACUUCCGAAUCGGAAAUCUGGUUGGUCAACUCGAAUUUGAGCAUCAUGAACUGGAACAGACGCAGCGAGGCCUCGACAAAGCUGGGAUUAGCAUGCCUAGCUUUUCGGGAAUGGGCGCCAGCUUUGGUGAACCUGAACCUGAGCCAGUGGAAACGGAAGCCGAAAGACAGGACAGAGAGUUACGCGAGCACGAAGACAUCAUCUUAGACUUCCAGAAUCAAGCCCGCGGUGCAUUGGUCAGACUGCGACUAGGUGAUCUGAUGCAGAAGCUUUGGGACGCUGAGGAGUUCAUCGUCGACAUCCAGUCGCGCGUGCGCGGUGACUGGGCAAGGCAAAUUGCCGACUACAGGCUCCAUAUGCAGCGUUUCGCCACAAAUCUCCAGACUGCAUCCCGAGGAUUUCUCGUAAGAGUACGACAGGAAAAAAAGGCUCAGCAAUGGAAAUCAAGAGAAAAGGAUGUUCUCAAGCUUCAAAGCCUCUUUCGGGCUGGCCAAGUCCGGACCCAAACUCGUGCCGUCAAGUCACGGGUGCGAACACAUGAGGCCAGUAUCUGCAAGCUGCAAGGUGCCAUACGAGGAGCACUCUCUAGGCGGGACGCUUUCGAUCAAUACGAGGCUACAAGGACAACCGAAAAAGAAGUCAUGUUGCUGCAAGCUGCAGUUCGCGGGAUGCUGGCCAGAACCGCGCUCCAUGACGAUUACGCAUUUCUGGAAGGCCAAAGUGAUGCAAUCACUCAUAUUCAAGCUGUAGCAAGGUCGUUACUCGCAAGAGCCACUCAGAAUAAGAUGCAGCAUGGACUGCUCAGCUCGACACCAGCAUGGAUCUCGUUACAGGCCACUCUACGAGGGGGUCGAGUCCGUGCCCAACUUACUGAUCUGAAGCGGUCCUUGAGAUCGCAAUCAGCUUCUAUCAACAAAUUUCAAGCGAUCCUCAGAGGCGCAAAUACAAGGGAAGCCUUCAGCUCGCUCAAGUUGUCCCUCUUACGACAAUCGACUAGCACUAUACCUUUGCAGGCCGCAAUCCGUAGCUUCACAUUGCGGAAGCAACUGAAAAAAAAGCACCAAGAUCUGGAAAGACAUGCGCUUAAGCUCAUCCAGCUUCAAGCACUUUCUCGCGGAGCACUUCUAAGGAUCCGAACCGGAGAAUUGCUCGCGGAACUCGGUGAAACCCAGGAGGAAGCAGUUCAACUACAAGCUCUGAUUCGUGCCAUGCUCUGCCGUAGUCACGUCGGAGACUUGCUAAGUGAGUUGGACAUGCACGAUGAAUCCGUUACCGAACUGCAAGCCCUUAUAAGAGCUGCCAGUAUUCGCUCCCAGUUCAGAGAGAAGAAGCGUUACUUCAAGGAGAACAUGGAAAAGGUUAUCAAGAUUCAGAGCGUCGUUCGGGCCAAAAUCCAGGGAAAGGCAUAUAAAAGCCUCACAGCCGGAAAGAACCCUCCUGUUGGGACAUUGAAAGGUUUUGUGCACCUUCUAAAUGACAGUGACUUUGACUUCGAAGAAGAGGUGGAAUUUGAACGACUUCGCAAGACCGUGGUACAGCACGUCCGCCAAAAUGAGCUUGCAGAUCAGUACAUCACACAGCUAGACAUCAAAAUUGCUCUCUUGGUCAAGAACAAGAUCACCUUGGAUGAAGUUGUCAAGCAUCAGCGACACUUUGGCGGCCAUGUUGGUGCUCUCCUUCCAAACUCAGAUAUUGCUUCCAAAGAUCCGUUCGAUUUGAAAGCACUCAACAAGACCUCGCGCCGAAAACUGGAGCAUUAUCAGGAACUAUUCUUCCUGCUUCAAACCCAGCCUCAGUAUCUGUCGAGACUGCUCAGACGCAUCAGGGAGCAGGCCACUGCGGAGAAGGAGUGUGAUCGAGUCAAACAUCUGGUCAUGGGCAUUUUUGGAUACGCUCAAAAGCGAAGGGAAGAAUACUACCUUGUCAAAUUGAUUGCCCGGUCCAUCAAAGAAGAAGUUGACUGCUCCGCAUCUCUUCAGGAAUACCUGCGGACAAAUUCCUUUUCCAAUAAGUUGUUUGGAGCCUACAGCAAGUCAACCCGGGACCGCAAGUUCUUGAGAGACAUCCUCGGACCCCUCGUGAAAGAGAAUAUCAUCGACAACACUGCGCUCGAUCUGGAAAGUGACCCUCUACAGAUAUAUGUCUCUGCCAUCAACAAUGAAGAGCUGAGAACAGGUCGACGGAGCCAGAGAGAUCCCAACGUGCCAAGGGAGGUGGCCAUCCGAGAUCCGGAAACUAGAGCAACUUUCAUUGCCCAUAUGCAGGAUCUUCGAGAUAUCACAGAUCAGUUUUUCCUUUGCCUGGAGGACUGUCUGCAUCGAAUGCCGUUUGGUGUCCGCUUCGUUGUUCAACAGACACACGGACAUCUCGUUGCACGAUUCCCCGGCGAGGACGCUGAUUUUGUACUUCAGCUCGUGGGCCAGUGGCUGUGGCGUCACUACCUCCAACCAGCUCUGUUAGAGCCCGAGAAAUUUGGUGUCGCUGAUCGAGCCAUGACACAAGAACAAAAACGUAAUCUCGGGGAGAUAGCAAAAGUGUUGAACCAGGCCGCUUCAGGUCGUGAGUUCGGCGGCGAGAACAUUUAUCUGCAACCCCUGAACAAUUAUGUACGCGAGUCUAUCAGUCGAUUCGCGGCGAUCUGGAGUCAUGUAAUAUCAAUACCGCCAGCAGAGGAACACUAUGAUAUUGACGAAUUCAACGAUCUUUAUGCGAAAACAAAACCGACCCUGUACAUCAAAAUGGCUGAUAUCUUCUCCAUCCACAAGUUGUUGUCCCAAGAGAUCAGUUCAACAUGUCCAAACCAGGACGAUGUUCUCCGCGACAUCCUGAGGGAAUUGGGUAGCGUCCAGAGCAAUGAGAGUGAACUCAGGGGUGUGAGCUCAAGCGAGAUCAGCCUGACACUGAGCCCCAAACUACUCAAUUCGGAAGAUCCAGACGCGGAUGUAAAAACUCUGUUGACCGAAACAAAACGAUGCGUCCUCUAUAUUAUCCGAAUACAAUCGGGGGCCAACCUCCUUGAGAUACUGGUCAAACCAAUUACACCAGAAGAUGAGGAAAAGUGGGAGACCUUAGUCAAUGAUGAACUCGGCGCUGGCAACGGACGGCGUGGUGCUUAUACUGACGUGCACAAUCAUCUCGACAUCAGUUCACUGUCAUAUCCCGACCUCAAACGCAUUGCUUUGGAAAACAUCUUGCAGCUAGAGUCCAUUGGUCGAUUGACGCGGGCCAAUCAGUACCAAGAUCUUCUCAACGCCAUCGCCAUUGACAUUCGAACCAAACACCGGCGAAGACUGCAACGACAGCGUGAACUUGAGAAUGUGAAGACCACCCUCGCACGACUGAACGAGCAAGCAUUGUAUCUCGAGCAGCAGCUGAAGACUUACAACGACUACAUUGAACAAGCCAUGGUGACUCUGCAGAACAAGAAGAGCAAGAAAAGAUUCGUGAUGCCCUUCAGCAAGCAGUGGGAGCACGAACGCGAGCUCCAGCGUUCUGGGCGAUCCUUCAAAUUUGGCUCAUACAAAUACUCGGCGCGAACUCUGGCGGACAAGGGCGUGCUCGUCCACUGGCGUGGCUACAAUGAACGGCAAUGGGACCGAGUGGACUUGACUUUCUCUUCAAACGAAGUCGGCGUCUUCACCAUUGACGGCAGCUCAGGGAACAUGAUGAUCCCGGGAGCCAAUGCUCAAGUGCCGCUCGACGAUCUUUUACAGGCGCAGUUCAACAACACGCAAUUCAUGGAGUUCUUUGAAGGAGCACUGCGAGUCAAUGUCAACUUGUUCUUGCAUCUGAUAAUGAAGAAGUUUUAUAAUGAAUGA